AUGGAGGAAUCGAAGCAGCCAUUCCCUUUAGUUCCACUUCCUUGUAAAAAUUGCCGAGGUGGAAAUCCACCGACGUCGAUAACUGGGAUUUUUCCAGGAAGUAAGCCAAAGGCCAAUCCUGGGUCGAUUCCUGCCAACUUUAAACCGAUAAUUAGCAAAAUCCCAGAUGCUACAAACAAAAGAUUAUAUUUUCCAAAGACUUGGAUUUGGGAGGAUGUGCACUUGAGGGGUCGUUCAAUUGUAACACUCACUAAAAAGCUACCUGGCACCAUGACAACAUGGAUUACAUCGGCUUUUGGUGUUGGUGACGCUGACGGUUUUGGAAUUCUCGAUGACAAUGAAAAAUUGAAGAUACCAGUUUUCUUACCAUUCUUUAUUGAGUUAAAGAAUCCAUCCAUUGUUAUUGCUGGAAACAGUGCUGUCAUCAAAAUCACUUUGUUCAACAAUAUUCCCUUCACAAAAAUGGUUUAUGUCCACAUUCAGUUUCAAAGUCAGACAAGUGGUUUCUCACGUCAGAUUGCAGGUAGGAAUUCAACCCUGUAUUUUCAUGAUAUACAACUACAAGCAAACAGAUACGGAAACUUCAAUGUAACAGUGGUCGCCUAUGAUAUGAUGCAAGGCUUCCAAAUAUUGGACUGGAUUCAAAAGCCAAUCACUGUUAAGGCACCUGGUUUACAACAAAUGUACAACAUUCCAUACUUUUUUACAAUGAUUAACAGAAUGUCAUCUGAUACCAAAAAUAUUAGAAUAACCCUACCAAACCAUGCCAUAAAGGGAACUGAAUCCGUGUAUUUGACAGUCACAGGAGACAUUAUGGCACCAACUAUAAGUGGACUUGGUCAUUUAAUCCGACGUCCUUGUGGAUGCGGAGAACAGACUAUGAUGUUUCUUGCGCCCAAUAUUUACGUGAUCCAUUAUCUAAGGUCAACAAAUCAGUUGUCAGCAGGUGUGAAAACUAGAAUUGUCACAAACAUCAACAGAGGCAUAGACAAUGAAUUGCGAUAUCAAAAGCCUGAUGGUUCAUUCAGUGUAUGGGGAAAUCGGGACAGACAUGGAAGCACAUGGUUGACUUCCUUUGUGCUUUUGUGCUUCCAUCAAGCUGAUUCUUUUGUACCCGUUGACAGAAAUAUAUUUACACGUGGCAUUGACUGGCUAAUGGAAAAACAAAAUAUUGACGGCUCUUUUCGAGAACAUGGCUAUGUUAUUCACUAUCAAAUGCAGGGAGGAGUAAGAGCUAGUCGCGCUACCAUCACAGCAUACGUCUUACUGACUCUGUUAGAAAACAAAGAUAUCAGGGAAUAUAGGCAAAAAAUAGGGAUUGCAGAAAGAAAGGCAGUGCAAUACUUAACCAGGUCCAGCGUUAUCCGAGAUUUACAAAACAGUAAUCAUGCAAUGGCUAUCACGAGCUAUGUUCUACAAAAGGCCGGAUACAGCAGAAAAGCGAGACAGUUGUACUCUACCUUAAAGAGAAGAUCAAAAACAUCAGGCGGGUAUCUGUUUUGGCAAGACAAUGGAAACAAGAUGUACAAACAGAAACUUAGUUGGCAUUCUCCAAACCCUAGAGCAAGACCAAUUGACAUCGAAACGUCUGCAUAUGCUCUAUUGUAUCUUACUGAGAGAAGGGAUGUUACAGAAGGAAUGAAAAUACUUAAGUGGCUUGUUUCCCAAAGAAACCCUGAAGGAGGGUUUACUUCAACACAGGACACAGUUGUAUCACUUCAUGCACUCUCGAGAUUUUCCAGCAUGUUGCAACAAUCAACUUUGGACGCACGAGUGAGCGUGAAAAGUGGCUCAACAACAAAAACUGUUCAUGUCACACAACAAAAUAAACAGCUAAUUCAGCGAAUGGAGCUGGGCAAAGGCACAAGUAAUGUGGAAAUAAAGACACAGGGCAGAGGAUUAGUUUUGGUAGAUACAGUGGUAAAAUAUAAUGUGAUGAAAAGCGAAGACUCAGCAUUCAAUAUUACAACAAGUAUCAACCCUUUAAAGCAAACCUUCGAUAAGAUAACCGUAAAUGUCUGUGUAAGGAGGAAGGACAAUAAGGAUAAUGGCAUGGUAGUUGCAGAGGUUGGAGUUCCUUGUGGGUUUCUUGGAGACCUAACUAAAACCAAUGCCCGGGGUCUCGAACACAAAGAGACAAGCUCUGAUGCUGUGGUGCUCUAUUUCAAAAAUCUUCGCGGUAGCAAAGUGUGUUUUGACGUAACAGCUAGCAGAGUGGACAAAGUAACAGAGUCACAAGCGAUUCCUAUUACAGUGUAUGAUUAUUAUGAACCAGUGAAUUAUGGGAUCUCAAGUUAUAGGUCUGGUAAGCUGAAAGAGAUGAACCUGUGUAAUAUCUGCAAGCACUGCAGCAUAUGCCGGGGAAUUGAACUUGGCUGA